GGCUUCCCGCCCAUGCGGCGAUGGUGGCACCUCAUCAGCAGCAGCGAAGCGAAGCUUGCCUGCCACCACCUCCCCCCUCCACUCCACUCCAUGGCCGUGGCCGACGAGGCCGUGACCUUACCUGAUCAAGUUCGCUCUGGCAGCAGGUUCGCCCAUCAAACUUAAUCAACAAGCCGCCAUCUUCUUGCGCGCAACCUCGCCUCCCCCCCAUCGACCUCGAAACUUGGUCUCUUUUCCAUGCGAUAGCCCGCCGCCCACAAUUCCGCCCCCGGCUGGCUUCGAGAAUCCCUCCUCCGUUGCAGAAUCUCCCACCCCAAGCGUCGCCGUCGUCAGCAACCGAACCUCGACUGGCGCGCAUCGUGUGCGAGGAGGAGGGAGUGUCCGGAGCAGCAGCACCCACCGCGAGAGCGACCCCAGCCUCGCCCACCCACAAGACGCCGGCUCGUACGAGCUUUUCGACUACAGCGCCAUACAGGAGCGCCAAGCCGCCGACGAGCGCGAGAGACGACGCCGAGAAAAGCGAGCGGACAAACUCCACUGGCUGGAGGAGCAGGACGAGAUGAAGUUCUCGCACAGCGUCCAGUUCAAUGCUGUUCCGGACUGGAGCAGCCACUACAUUGCGUACAGCAACCUCAAGAAACUCAUCUACCAUCUCGAAAAGUCGGUACAUCAGAGCCGCGCCGCCGGCGACGCCGAAUCGCGACCCCUCAUCCUCAACGAGGAGCCCGAGGAGGUCUUCAGCAGGGCCCUCGGCGUCGAAUUGGAAAAAAUAUGCUCCUUUUACGUUGCCAAGGAGGGUGAGCUGCUCGACGAAGUCGCGCAGCUGACUCGCGAUGUCGGCGACCGCCCGUCGACUGAUGGCGUAGCGCCCCUGCAUAGGUUGUCCUCUGAGGGCCAGCGCGGCAAUGGCCAUCGCAGACCCUCGAGCUCCAUUGGGCCCGCCUCUGACGACGAGUAUGGGAUGGAAGACAGCGACGACGACGAGACGACAGGGCUCACAAAGGCAAGGAGCGGCACGGGCAGGAGGCGGACGGUUGCCAACAUUGGCCAUCACACAGACCUCGCAGCCUCGUCGGAUCUCGGCCGCUCCACGCGCCGGUAUAGCACGACGUACGAGGACUAUGGCGAUCAGUCCGUCUUUGCCAUGGGGCUGUACUCGUCCGGCAUCAUGCUCAAGAAGCGAAUCAUCAGCCUCUAUGUCCAGCUCUGCGAGCUCAAGUCGUAUGCCCAGCUGAAUAAAACGGGCUUCAGCAAGGUCCUUAAGAAGUUUGACAAGAUUCUGGACAAGGAGCUGAAGGCCGAGUACAUGCGCAACUACGUUGACACAGCGUACCCGUUCAAGGAUGAGACUAGGAAAGUCCUCGAGGAGAACAUUGCCAAGAUGGAGAACGCGUACGCCGAUGUCGUCACGGGAGGCGACGCCGCCCUAGCCAGAAAAGACCUCCGCUCUCACCUCCGUGAGCACGUCGUCUGGGAGCGCAACACGGUCUGGCGUGACCUCAUCGGCAUCGAGCGCCGUGGCGAAGCUGCCCGACUCGGCCAGUCCCUCCUCGGCCAGGACCCCAGCGCUGUCCAAAAGAGACUGCAGGGUGACGACGACAAGGGGCCGACCGUCAAGCAGAUUCGGACGCCUCUCGGCCGACUGUCGCUGCCCGCCUGGCUGGCGAGCGGAUCUAUGCUUACACUCUUGAUCUCGGUCGCUGUCUUCUUCACGAUACUCUUCGUACCCAUGAUGAACAAGGCAGAGCAGCAAAACUGCCUCGCCAUGCUCGUGUUUGUCAGCAUGCUUUGGGCUACAGAGACGAUUCCGCUCUUCGUGACAUCCCUCCUCAUCCCGUUCUUGUCAGUGGUUCUGCGCGUCGUGCGCGAUGAGGGUCCUGGUAAGCACCACAAGCGGCUCAGUUCCAAAGAGGCGACAGAGGCAAUCUUCGCGUCCAUGUGGACUCCCGUCAUCAUGCUCCUUCUCGGUGGCUUCACUUUGGCAGCGGCUCUGUCAAAGUGCAAGAUUGACAAGCGACUGGCUACACUCAUCCUCAGCAAGGCUGGCACACAGCCUCGGACGGUCUUGGUUGCCAACAUGUUCGUGGCAGCCUUUGCGUCGAUGCUGAUCAGCAACGUUGCCGCGCCGGUGCUUUGCUACUCCAUCAUCGAACCAAUGCUGCGGACUCUGCCGUCCGACUCGGACAUGUCCAAGGCCGUCAUCAUCGGCAUUGCCCUCGCGUCUAACAUUGGCGGCAUGCUCUCUCCCAUCGCCUCGCCGCAGAACGUGGUGGCCAUGGGCAUUAUGAAACCGGAGCCGACGUGGCUGCAGUGGUUUUUCAUCGUCAUCCCCGUCGGCGUCGUCUCGAUCAUCUCGAUUUGGAUCCUGCUGCUCGUGACGUUUCAGCCGGGCAAGGGUACCUCUAUCGCACCCAUCCGGCCGCUCAAGGAGAAGUUUACUGGCAUUCAGUGGUUUGUGACCAUUGUGGCCAUCACCACGAUCGCGCUUUGGUGUGGCAGCCACCAGAUGGAAGGCAUCUUUGGCGACAUGGGUGUAAUCGCCAUCAUCCCAAUCGUGCUCUUCUUUGGCAUCGGUAUCUUGACCAAGGAGGACUUUAACAACUUCCCUUGGACCAUCAUCAUCCUGGCCGCCGGUGGCCUGUCCCUCGGCAAAGCUGUGAGGUCGUCGGGCCUCCUGCACACGCUCGCGGAGCUCGUGUCUCGCGAGGUGGAGGGCAUGGGCCUUUACGGCGUCCUCGUGGUCUUUUCGACCCUGAUCCUUGUGAUUGCGACCUUUAUCAGCCACACAGUCGCGGCUCUCAUCUUCUUGCCCUUGGUCUUUGAUGUCGGCGUGGCGAUGGAUCAGCCGCAUCCCAACUUGCUAGUCAUGGGCGGCGUGCUCAUGUGCAGCGCGGCCAUGGGCCUGCCUACAAGCGGGUUUCCCAACAUGACCGCAAUUAUGAAGGAAGACGCUGCGGGUCAAAGGUAUCUCCGUGUGAAGCAUUUCAUCAGUAGAGGCGUGCCGAGCAGCAUCAUCACGCUCGUGGUUGUCUUGACGCUCGGCUACGGCAUUAUGGAGGUGGCAGGUUUGGACUGAGGCAUGGCGCAGCGGCAAAAGCAUACACGAAGACGCCUGAUAGACGCACAUGUACAAUAAUAAUUGAUAGUCUGACAACUGGACCAAAAAUGUAG